AUGUCUGGACACGGCAAGAGGAAGGCAAAGCCCUGGUCUUCAAGAUCCCAGUCAAAGAGGGCUGGUUUGCAAUUCCCCGUGAGCCGUGUUCACCGGUACCUGAAGAAGGGGCGCUAUGCAGUGAGAAUAAGCCCCAGUGCUGCAGUCUACCUGGCUUCUGUGCUACAGUACCUGAGUGCUGAAGUGCUGGAGGCAGCAGGGUAUGUGACCCAGGCAAAGGGGUACCAACGCAUCAUGCCAAGGCAUAUCCUGCUGGGCAUUAAGUGUGACGACGAACUGCAUAAACUGUUCAACCAUGUGACUAUUCCCCAAGGAGGUGUCCCGCCCAGAAUUGAGAAGCCACUUCUGACCAAGAAAACCAAUAAAAAGUCUGUGAGUAGAAAGAGAGCUGCCCCCUGCUAG